GAGGAUCCGCCUGCGACUCUCUGGCGCCGCCUCCGCCGCGCCGACCCUCCCGCGCUCGAAAAAAGUUUCCGGCGGCCUCAGUGGCUGGAGCGGAGUUGGAAGGGGAAAAAAAAGAAAAGCGCAAGAUGGCGGAAAAUUUAAAAGCCUGCACUGUUUGUUGCAAAUCAACCUGGUCCCACCUCCAGGAUCUCUGCCGUUUGCAGAAAGUUUGCUGCCCUGGUUUGGGUAUUACCAGAAAAAACCUCUGUGAUUUUGAAGUAGAAUAUCUCUGUGACUACAAGAAAGCUCGGGAUGAGGAAUACUACCUGGUGAAGUGGCGGGGCUACCCUGAGUCACAGAACACUUGGGAGCCCAGAAAGAACCUGCGCUGUAUCAGUAUACUCAAACAGUUCCACCGGGACCUAGAGCAGGCAUUGAUUCGACGAGGAAGCAAGCUCAGAAAGAAUACACGCUUGCUUGACCAAGGCAUCUCCAACUACCUAGUGCAGAAGGCCAAACAGCGGCGGGCUUUGCAGCAUUGGGAAUAUGAACUCAAUGCCAAGCGCAACCACAAGGGAUGCAUUGUGGUAGAGAAUGAGGUGGACUUGGAAGGGCCUCCCCGGGACUUUGUCUACAUUAAUGAGUACAAGGUUGGGGAGGGCAUCACUCUCAACCAGGUGGCUGUGGGUUGUGAGUGCUUGGACUGUUUUUCGGAAGCAGCAGGAGGUUGUUGUCCUGGUGCUUCACACCAUAAAUUUGCGUAUAAUGAGUUUGGCCAAGUGAAGAUCAAGGCUGGCAUGCCCAUCUAUGAGUGCAAUUCUCGCUGCAGCUGUGGGAUUGACUGCUCUAACCGUGUGGUGCAGAAAGGCAUUCGUUAUGAUCUUUGCAUUUUCCGGACAGAUAAUGGACGUGGCUGGGGUGUGCGCACACUGGAGAAGAUCCGCAAGAACAGCUUUGUCAUGGAGUAUGUAGGAGAGAUAAUCACAUCAGAGGAGGCUGAACGACGGGGUCAGAUCUAUGAUCGACAGGGUGCCACUUACCUCUUUGACCUUGAUUAUGUAGAAGAUGUAUACACAGUGGAUGCCGCAUACUAUGGCAACAUUUCACAUUUUGUCAACCAUAGUUGUAACCCUAACCUACAGGUUUACAAUGUCUUCAUUGAAAAUUUGGAUGAGAGGCUGCCACGCAUUGCCUUCUUUGCUACUCGACCUAUCCGUGUUGGUGAGGAACUCACCUUUGACUACAACAUGCAAGUGGACCCAGUAAAUGCAGAAAGCACAAGGAUGGACUCUAAUUUUGGCCUAGUUGGAGGCCUGGCUGGCUCUCCAAAGAAGCGGAUGCGCAUUGAGUGUAAAUGUGGCACAGAGUCUUGCCGGAAAUACCUCUUCUAGUUCCUUGCCAGUUUUGCUUUACAGUUGUCUGAAUAGACUUGGACUAGAAUUCAAUACAGAAGUGGCAGUUGCUGAAAGUUUGAAGCCAGAGGGUAAGAGUCAGGAACUUACCUGCUUAAAACAAAAAAACACCCAGUACUUUGAAUUGCAGAGAGAGCAAUAACUGACAUUUCUUAUGCUACCCAGCCAUGACUGGCUGCUUCUUACUGCCAGACUGAAAUAUUCUUACAGCAGCCGAGAGAUUAUUCAGCAGGCAGGAGAUUGGUUCGACUUGUCAAACUUGCUGUUGAUGUACUGGUUGGAAAAACACAGCUUAGUAUCUCAUAAGUCUCUGGAUGCCUUAUUAGAACCUGUUAUAGCUUUUUACUAUUUUGAAGGCUUGAUUGUGAGUGCAACGUGGCAGAGAACACUGACGAGUUUCUUAUCUUCAAUGUGGUUUUCUAAGGGAUACAAGUCUUGGUUUUUCAGCAGAACUGCUUUCUAGCCACAUUUAUGAGUAAGUGGUAAAACACAAGCCAUUUAAAAAAUGGAUUUAUCUGCACAAAGACUCUGUAUUACCUCGGUGUGCCGUAUGACUGUUCCCCACCUUUCCACAUCCAUCGAACUUGCUUUCAUUGAGGAUGGGAGAGGCCCAUGUAAUUUGUACUUGAAGUCGCACUUAAUAACCAUCAUAAAGCCCUAUGCAACGUGAAAAGCCAAUGUUGCCUCUUGUAACUAAUGCAUUUGUUUUGAAGAGAAUAUGUUUUUAAAUAUACAGUAUAUAUAUAUUGGAAAUGGGUUGGGGCAAAGAAUCUAGCUUCUGGAAACCACUGUAUUUUGGAAGCUGUGAUGAAGCUUUUUAAUUAUGACUGACGAAAUGAAUUAGAUGGUUGGGUUCCUUA